CUAAUCAAUAAAUCAUUUAUUCUUCUCUCUCUCUCUCUUUUCUUAUUUUCUUGAAUAAUGGGUGAAACAGAAGAGAUUUUGUUUGAUACAAAAAGCUUAUUUGAAAGUGAUGAGGAUGGAAGUAUUUCUUAUAGAGAACUACCUACUUCUUCAUGCAGUAUAGAUGAAAAUCUACAAGAUAUUGAUAUGGAUGAUAAAACAGCACAGAUACAUUUGCAAGCUAUGGAAAUUGUGAUUCAAAACCUCGGUAUCAUUCGAGAAAGAGAAUUACUCAAGAAGACAAAAAAGCCUCCAAAAAAUCAAAUCAAAUGGAAAACCAAUCAUUAUGAUGUCGACUAUUCAAUGGAAACGCCUAUUGACAUCAAUUGUUACACUUCAAGCCUUGAUGUCAAAAAGAUAGCCAACAUACCCAUGAAUCAACUUGGGCCUCGAGAACAAGAAGAAGCAGAUGAGCCUGUUAGAAAGGGUAUGCGAUGUUUAUUUGAUAAUAAGUUUUUGAAGGCGAAAUCACUGUUUCAAACAAAAGCGUCAAGCGAUCCUCUUUACAUUUUUGGAUUGGGUAUAAUGGCAUUUAUGAAAGCAAUGAUGACCGAAAAUCAAGAUGAAACCCAACUUGCUAUGAACAUUUUUUUAAUUGCAUACAGUGUCGCAUCAGCACAGAUUGAUAAUUCAACGACAAAAAAGAGUUUCUGGCCUUUUAGUUUCUCAUCUCUCAUCACCUCAAACCAUACAGGUCUUCCAAACAAUCCACCCAUACAUCAAAACACAGCGCCAGGAGAAACACCUAGUUUUAUACCAAAUGGCGUAUUAAGAGCCAAUGUGAUUAAAGCAGAAUGCUGCUUAUUUAUUGGCAUGCUUCAGAUAACACAGGAGACCAUCAUGAGUUAUAUCAAAUGUGGACUCAACCUAAAAAAAGCCUUCACUUGUUACACCAUUGUCUGGCAAGAGUACAAAAGAAUGGGACAGCGUUAUACAAAAUACAUGGAUCGUAACACAAUUUCUGCUAUCCAAUUUGGCCUAGGAUCAGUUCAUUUGUUACUGUCUGUAUUACCACCUAAAGUUCUCAAAGUCAUUUCUUCGCUUGGGUUCAAGAGUGACAAACAAUUAGGGUUUGCACUUUUAAAGUUAUGCGUAGAAGGAAAAGGUGUUCGAUCACCUUUGGCCUCACUCAUGCUUUUAUCGUACUAUUCCCUCCUUUCUUCAUUUGUGCCUCAAUUACAUGCUCUCGAGUUCAAGAGUGCUUCUGUAGAAUGCCUAAGAGAUGCUCAAAAAAGCUAUCCAAGUUCCUGUCUUUUUCUUUAUUAUGCUGCUCGCAUUUCACGCGUCACGAAAAAUUUGGUUUUAUCUACUCAAUCAUUUACAUUUGCUGUAGAUGCCUGUCGAAAUGAAUGGAUGGAUACUGCCAUGACGCAAAUAGGGUAUUAUGAGAUUGGAUUCAAUUUUGCUUUACAGCUGGACUGGCAAUCAGCACUCGGUUAUUUUGAAAAGCUUAGUCAAGAGAAAUACUACUGGUCUCCUGCUCUCUGUCAAUACUUUAUUGGGGCAUGCUAUGGUAUGCUGGGGCAGCAAACAGAGAGUAUCUUGGCAUUUGCACUCGUACCCCAGUUCGUCAAAGACCAAAAGAAGCGAUCGUGUAUAGACAAUUAUGUCAAACAAAAAGUCGAGUUUUUUCAAAAGAGUGGGUAUCAAGAUUUAGAUUUCAGUUUACCAGCACUUGAGUUACUGUUAGUCUGGAAUGCAUUUGAUCAAAUGGAGAAAGGCACUCUGGAAGCCUGCUUAGUACUUGUUCAAAAUACACUUGAACUGACUUGUGAAAGAGAGAAACUAGAAUAUGCAGUUCGAUUGGUGGAACUUGUGCCUUCAACAAAGCCAUCAGGGUUCUAUAACCAAAGAGCUAUUCUUAUGUUGAUGAAGGCAGCUAUUUUAAAUGCACUUGGGCAGCAUGAGGAUAGUAUAUCUCAUCUUAAUUGGGUAAUGGACCAUAAGCAUCAACUUUGUUCAGAGACAUGGAUUGUUCCUUUUACAUACUGGGAAGCAGGUAUUACCAGUUGGGGAUUAGGCAAUUUCUCCAAGAGCCGAACAUGCUGGGAAAAGGCUUUGACGUUUACAAAAUAUACUUUUGAAUAUAGGAUGGCUAUUCGUCUUAGCUUAGCAUUAAGCAAAUGUGAUCAAGUAGGUGCUACCGUUCUUAAGCAAAAGAAAGAAUCGGGAAUAUCAACACAAGGCAAAAAGCGGAUGCCUGUUGCUUGAUGAAAUAAAGGAAUGUCAUUGUCAUUAGAUCUCCGCAUUCAAAAUAUAAUUAGAAAAAAACUUGUUUUAAUCUUACUUCCUCUUUUUCUUUCUAUUUCU